GUCUCUUCUUCCGGAUUCCUCGAGCAAGGAAAGACGCGAUUCCAAUCUAGGGGUUUUAGAGUAGUUCGGUGUAGAGGAAGGAAUGGAGACGGACGGGCAGAUUAGAGUCCGAAGGAGGCCGACGAAGCGGCGGAGGAGCAGGGGAUUCGUGAAGGCUGUGGCGGAUUACCUCGCGUCCGAUUGCUACAUGUACGCCCCUAUCCUCGACGUGCCGCCUCCCGAUUUGCCGCCGUCAUCUGCCGCCUGCUCUCCUCCCACCACAGAAAUCAGAACCAACAGAAGCAUCAGCUGCCACACCGAGAUGGUUUCUACGCCAUCUGAUAAAAGGGUGUCCGUAGUGCAGUUUCAGAGGCUGAUCUCAAAGUGACACUGCAAGUGCCUGCUAUCAAAGACGGCCACCAGUGUGUAUAAGUUUCUUGCUAAUGCUUUUUUGUCGAGUGCCUGUUUAAUGUUCUGCUCUUGUUAGUGUUUUAUGCUUUUGUUGUUCCUGUCUUUGCAAAAUCUGAUUGUUAUAUAAUUCCAAAUCUUAUCCGUAAACUCCAUAAUUGUGAUAUAUAUAAUGGUUUUUAGUUUUUUUUUUCUUUUAUAUUUUACUUUUACCAGCAUGUGAGGCAAUGGUGCAUUAGAAUCUUUGGAUCACCUGAUCUUGGUGUACUUUCUGUUUCAUUAGGAUGACUCUAUAAAUGUGUUCACCCACUGAUUGGCUAACUCGAUUGUCAUUUUUCAUAUUUUCCCCAUCAAUAAAUGCAACAAAUUAGGGAAAAUUUUGGCAUCAUGAUAAAUUUUCUCCUUUGCAGAUUAUGGGAUCAAGUUUCAGUUAUAAAAACAACCUCUGUACUUGCAGAAGUUUAAUUGUUGAUCCUCUUAAACCUUGCAUUGGUGGAAGCUUCUUGUGUUCCUUUGUAGAUAGAGAGAGAGAGAGAGAGAGGGGGGGUUCAAAGUGUAAGGGGUGAAGAUGUUUUUGAUUGCAGGACCUUACAAAGUCUUUAUCAGUAAAAAAUAACUAGCACCUUCCUUAUAUUAGACCAUCCUUUUGAUGAUUUGUGUCGGUUUUGGAUUUCCAAUCAGAUGUAAUUAUAAUAUCUGGAGGAGAAGAAGGGGUGAAGUGGUGGGGAGGCAGCGGAAGAAGAGGAACAGAUAGAGAAGAAGAAAAUUUUUGAAUCUGAGUAUUUUGAAGUGUUGAUGCUUCCUGUGCGGUUGAUGGUUGAAGUUGAAAGAAAAGAAAAAUGGAGACCAUGAUCUGAUUUAUCACCUUGUCAUGCACCAGCCAAUAUAUCCUGGCCAUAAACAAGGCAAACCUCUUGCAAUCACUUCUUUUGGAAUUUGGACCUUGCCAUGCAUGGUUGCUUCAUGUCGUUGCUCAUCUCUUACAUCCACUGAUGGCCAUGUAAGUUCUUUCUGUUGACGAGGACACAUAUGAUGAACUCAUAAUAUAAUGGGAAAAUUAUUCUGAUGAACUCAUAAUAUAAUGGGAAAAUUAUUCUGCUUUUUCUUCCCCAUUGGAUGUCCAUGUUACCUGGAUUGGUUUAGUUUCACCUAUCUACUUAGGAGUAGUACACACCACAUGCGAACACAUGGUGCAGUAGGCCCACCACAACAUCCCACCAAAUUAUAGCAGAUUAACUUUGAUAUGUGUAUUAUUAAUGACCAUGUGAUUUCAUGAAAUUAUUGUGUUGUGGGCUAUUGACAAAACAAACCUAGAAUUUCACUUCUGGAACAUAAUCAGCAUGGUGGAAAGUCAAAAUGGAGUCAAGCAGGGUGUUAAAUCUGUUUUUGUUCUUACAUGUGAUGGUGGCUUGUGUUGCAUUGGGAACAUCCGGGAAACAUGGGUGAUAAGAUGUGGAACCAUUCCUUUUAUCAUGUGUCUUCAUGAAAGAAAUACAGUGUUGAUUAUCUAUGGACUGACUCUAUAUAAGUCUACAGAUUGAAAAGGAUUCUUGGCCUGUGUCUUACCAUGGCCAGGAUAACUCAUGCUCUCAGUAUCUCAUUUUCCCUUUUAACCUUGAAAUUGAUAUGCUAUGCUUGUCUAUCAACUAUGUUGUGGUGUCAGUCAGUGUAUAUGCUGAGGAGUGCCCCACCAAAUGUAUUUAGGUAAACUACCUCUCUUUGUUCCUGCAUUCUUAGCUUGUCGAAUUGUAUGCUCAUACUGAAUUGUGUGAUUUUAUUAUGUGAAUUGCUGGUGAAGUUGUUCGACUCUGGUAAUUACUUCAGACGAUGAUUAGGUGCAUUUCUCUCUGCUUUCUAUUGUAUGGCUGUCCAGAUGUAAAGAAACAUGCAUAUGUUCUUUUAUUUAUAGCGAUACAUUAAUCAUUAGGAAUCAUGCAUUUCUUAUCUGAAGAAAAUGUGAUCCUUUCUUUCUCAUAGAUGAUUUAGUUACCCUUGUUUCCUUUUGUUGAGUUAAGGGCGAAUUAGCCUCUGAUGAUCUGAUUCAUGAUUUCAUAAGAAUUGAGUUAGUCUUCAUUUAUAUAUAUUUUUCCAAGCAGAUAUGAAUUUCUAUAAUGGAUUAGAUCUCACAAAUAUUAAUCCUUUCUUUUUUUUUGAAAGAUCAUGAUUUUAUUUAUUGAAUCAUGAUUCAAACAUCGUAUAUGUUUUUUUUAUUGAAAGAUCAUGAUUGAGAGAGAGAAGAGAGAGAGAGAGAGAUCAGUACCUUUAUCUCCCAAUUCCAAUUCCAAUUCCAAUUCCCCUCCCCGACAAAAUGACAAUAUAGUGGGGUCCCUUCUGUGGAUGAGUCCUCACCCCACUAUUUGAUUACAUCUCUCCACUUAUAUCUCACAGUUAUAGCGCUAUGGAAUAAUAGUUCAGCUCUCUAAAGAGCCAAAGUAAAGCUACCAACUUGUCACUCGUAAUAUAAUUACAAUUCUGCCCUUUCAUCUUCUGUAUGAAUAUACCACCACCCCUUUCUUUCGGUGGGUUCUUGAGAGUAAGGAGAGGCCACGAAGCUUGCCUGUGAGGAAGAGGAAGAUGAGGGCAGAGUCAGGGUUCAAUGCUGCAGCAGUGGCGGUGCCGGCGGCGGUAGCGGGUGGCGGCCGCUCAGGGUCGGAUGCGGCGCCGUUGCUGUACCUGUUCGGGGGACUGGUGGCCAUGCUGGGCCUUGUGGGUGUCGCGCUCAUCCUCCUCGCUUGCGCCUACUGGAAGCUGUCAGGACACUUCGACCGCGGCGGAGCGGAACCGGGGGCUAAUCUCGAACCGGCGACGGCGACGCCGGCGACGUUCUACAAGCAGGAGAUCGUGGUGGUCAUGGCCGGGGACGAGAAGCCGACGUACCUCGCGACGCCCAUCCCGAGCGGGGCUUCCUCGUUUGGCGGCCGGUCCAGUAAGAAUGAGGACGAAGAUGAUGAGAAAAGGGAGUAGGAGACUGCUGAGGACUGUCAGUGGAUUGGGGAAAUACUACACGACACCACCAAAACUUGGAUGUAUGAGGUGGGUUUUCUACUAUUGUCUGAAGGUAACGGGUUAAUUAGUUAGCCGUUUGCGGUA